AUGAACGGAAGAAGUGACCGCGAAUGGCAGUUAGAGGAAAUAGAUUUAAUGACCGGAAUGGUGGAGGAAGACGAAUUCGAGUACAAAGACGAGGACGGCAUAAUUUCCGGAAAAAUCACAGUUGGUUCUAAAAUUUUUGUUCGAGUGGUAGUAUUUUUCAGUGUGUAUUCGAUCAAGAAGUAGAUGAUGUGUAUUUGGUUGGGAAAAAUCCGGAGUUCGAAGAGAGAAUCAUAAAAUAUCCGCCAGUUUAUGUUCAUUUCGUCUUGCCGAGCCGCUACCCUUCAGAAGAAGGACCUCUCAUUAGAAUUGAAGCCUCCUGGAUGCCGGUCAAAUUAGUUGAGUUUACACAUAAAUUCUUGAAAAGGAAACUCUGAUUUUUCAGAAGAAAGUCAUCGAAGAUCAGAUUGAACAAGACUGUAUCAGUCCAAAUGGGUCUUUUCUCCUUUUCGGCUUCCGAAUGGUCGUUCAAGAUAGUGUUAUUCCCCUGUUAAAAUAUAACAUAUAUUCAACUUCGGAUUUUGCAGAUGGACGACUUUUUCGAGAAAAAUCACCGCUUCGAUGUUGAGGAGACGUUUGGCGUUUUUGAGGUUGAUUUUUUUUUUGUUGUUCUAUCAUUUAAAAAGAAAACAACUUUCAACUACUCGGCAAGGGUGGCGCACGGUGCAUUCCGCUUUUUUGCACUCUGGUGCGUAAUUGGGGUCUACACCGUGCGAUUUCGUGCUGAGUAUCCAUGCUGAGUAUUCCGCGGACGAAGAUUUCUCGCUGGCCGUUCCAAAGAGAAUUUAUUUCAGGAACAUCAAAAUCCCCAGAUUUUCCGGCGAAAAAUCGUUGAAAUGGCGAAUGACACUGACAUGCGAAUUUUCAAGAAGAAAGGCGCAGAGUGUGAAGUUUUUGUGCACAAUUCAACAACUUGGAAAUAAUAAUUACUUUCAGAUCUGUGCCAGUUAUAAGAAAGGAGAGGAGUUUGUUCGAUUUCCUGGUUGCCAGCAUAUUUUCUGUCGAGAUUGCUUCAAAAUGCAUUUCGAGCACAAAAUUGAUAGCCAAGAGGUUUGGAGAAUAGAGAAAUAGAGUUGAUGAACGCAUUUUUUCAGUUGAAUGGCCUUACUUGUAUUGGAUGUCGAAACGAACCAACGGAGGAAUUUCUCGCCUCGAUUCUUUCCGAGGUUCGAAAAAGAAAUUUGCGAUUUUUAUAGGUCUCAUGGAAUAUUCGAGCACUCUAUUUUUUCAUGUACCAAUUCCGAUUUGUGAAGAAAAUAUUUGGAUUUCACAGAAUUUCUUGGGAAACGCUGUAAGCUCAAAAGUAUCGCUCUAUCGCAAACUAUUCUUCUCAUCGUGUCAAAAUUAUAUUGAAAAGUAUUUUUCUCUCCUUUUCAUGACAUAUCGCUGAAAGAUUCCAUGUGAAUUUUCUAUUUUCGUGAUUAUUUUUUUCUGAUUCUGGAAAUAAGGAAUUAUUUCAGGAAUAUUUCGAACGCUAUAAAAGCCUUCAAGUAGAUCUGGCGGUUCACAAAGGCGAUUUAUCGAUUUGCCCUCGUCCCGCUUGCCAGAAUCCAGCUAAAAUCACCAACAGGUUGGAAUUCUUUCUAACUUUUGUUCUGUUGCCAGAGAUUUCAAAAAAGAAAAAAAAUUUUCUGAAUCAAUUUUGCUCUUUUUUCAGCUCACAACGGAGCGUAGUUAAACAUACCGGUUAAUACUUUUUUGAAGAUUUUGUUAUUGUUAUAGACCAUGUUCUAAUUUUUAAGACUUUCUAAAAAAUACCUUUCUCUGUUCCAAUAAGUACAUCGCUUCAUUCAGCUCCAGAUCUUGAAAAAAAUAUAAGUAUUAUAUAUAAUCAAAAAAAUCAGUAAGAGCAAGAAAAAAAAUCCAUUAUGUCAAAAGGCAAACUGUUGAGAUAUGAUGAGAAAGACUUAUUCAGAGCGAAACGACUCGCCGAAUGUUCGAAUUGCGGAAUGUGUUUUUGCAUUUCUUGCAAACGCGCCUAUCACGCAAUCGAGCCGUGCAAAUUCAGAAAAGGUACCAUUUUUUGCGUUCAGGAAAGUUGUCUAUACCGUGGAUUUAUUUGAGAUUUUUAUGUAUACAUUUCCGCUUUUCCAGCCAAAAAAAUGAUCGAAACUUUGAAUAUUAAAAAAAAAAUUUUUUUCUAGUUUUAUUUAUUUCAAAAAGUCGUUUUUAUUUGUUUCUUUAAAAGUUUUCAUUGUAAAAAAAGGAAAAAGGUUGUUAUUUCAGACGAAAAGGAGAAUGUGAUGAAAGAAUGGGAGGAAAGUUCGCAUGAACAAAGGCUCAUCAUGAGCAAACGAUACGGCGGACUGAAACAGUUACAGGUAUCUUUCUCACAGUUAGGCAAAAUCAACUCUGCUUUUUCAGAACCUCGUCGAAAUGUUCCAAAAUUCGAAUUGGUUCGAGGAGAACUCGAAACCGUGUCCUAAAUGUCGUGUUCCUAUUGAGGUUUCUAUUCAAUAAUAUCGCUAAUCGGCUGAUUUUUAGAAAAUCGAAGGAUGCCACAAGAUGCACUGCACAAAGUGCGAUUGCUACUUUUGCUGGCUGUGUGGAAAAGUUUUGGAUAAAGAAAAUCCUUACGGACAUUUCAAUGUGGUUCGUUUUUUUUCUCUGUUAUUGGAAGUUUAUAGUUUCCUAAUAUUUUUUUCUUUGUUCAAAGUGAUCCUCCCGAAAUCGGUUAUUAUCUCUGACCCGCAGACACUAACCUAUCUUUUUCAUCUUUAACGGCUCUUUUUGAAUUUCGCAAAAUUACUUUGAAUUACAUGGUAUAUAAUUUGAAAAACCGUUAAAAACCCAUAGUUCAUAUUCUUAUGUUAUCUCGAAAAUGCGCUGUUUUCGCUCUCUGCUAAAAAAUGAUAUGCAGAGCGGCGGAGAGUGCGAAGGACGGCUGUUUGAAGGCGUCGUGCCCCUGGAAGACUUUGAGGAAGACGAGGAAGAAUUCCAAUUUGUGUUCGACGAUUUCCUGGACGACGAAGACGACGAUGAUGAUGUGCCCGUAGAAGGGAUGUACGGCCCUGAUUACCUCCGCUAUUGGGACGAAUUUCCCUCCGAAGACGACGUCGACUAUGACUAUUAAUUCUGUCUCAUAGCUCACAGUCAGUUGCGUUGAAAUUAACCGAUGUUUGAAAAAAUCUAUUCAUUGUCAUCAAACGGUUAUCUUAGGGUCAGGACAGGGAAUCCCAGUUCGUGUGA